AUGAAAAAAUAUAUCUUGAUUUCAAUACAUCUAUUAAUACUUCAAAUAGUAUCCUCGCUCUGCGGUACCAUUUAAGGAUGGGAUUUGGAAAAAAUACAAGGAUAUGAUGGAUCCACACAAGGAUAUAAACUAUAUAUCAACUUGGAUUCUGGAUUAGGACCUAGUGAUUUUAUUUAAGUAGUAUUUCCUCGUAAUUUGGGAAUUAAUGUGAAGGCUAGUCUCUACCUUUAUCAAAAUAAUAUGUUAAUAGCUAAUUAACGAAGCUUAGCAUACUGGCUUGUGGAACCUGCUCCCUUUUAGAGUUCUUUUAGGUACUUCUUUUAAAUUGGUUAUCAGUUACAGCCAUAAACUUGGUAUACUUUAAUUUUAAGUUCAAUAACUAAGCCUCCUACUUAGAUACUCUUCUAAGACCCUAUAAUGAUAUAAACUGUUUCAGAUCCUUGCAUUCAAGGCGGAAGUUGUAGUCCUAUAAUUUAUGACAUGAAUCACUCUUUUGCACUUCUUUAUGAUACUCUACCAUAAAGCCUACCAAGUCCUAACAUUCAAGUCUCAUUUUAAGCCAUAAACAAUUACAAUUUACUUCCUGGCUCAAGCUAUUACACUUUUAUCGAUAUAACUCCUACUGUAUCAGAUCCUUUAGGCGCUACCUAUACCAUUUCAAUUUAACAAAGUACAGCAAAUUUAGGGUUAGGAAUCAGCUAAGAUUUUAGAUUUAAGGGUGCAUGUUAUUCUGAUGUUGUUAACUGUAACUCAAAUAGUCUACCAGGUUGUGUUACUAUUACUUAAGUACAGAAUUCUACUUGCAUAAUGGAUUAAUUAUUUGGUAGUUUGACUUUUAAUAUUAAUCAAGCUUUAGUUUAGGGUUAGAUUUUCCGUAUUAAAGUAGAAAUUGAAAAUCCUAUUUACCAGUCUUAGCGUGACAUAAAUAUAUAUGCAGUAGGAAAGACUUCUUAGGCUACUAUUGAAAAAGGGGUUUUUUAAAAUGCACUUAAAACACAGUUAAUCAACAUUUCUCAUGCUAAAUACACUUACCUGUGGGGAAUUCCAGAUAAUUAACCCCUUUUAUCUGGAGACAUACCAUACACCCUUUUCAGAAGUGGGCCUAAUUUAUUCACAAUGAACAGUGUAAAAAUUUCAUUUACUGUUGAUUAAACUAUACCUAUGGGCUAAGAGUUUAUUGUUACUGUUUGCUUCGGACAAGCAAGUGAUAUUCUGACAAAUUCUAUUGUUACGAAUCUUCCUCGUUUAGAUUUAAACCUAAAUCCUACUUGCUACACCUAAAUAAACCCUGCUAUUAAUUCAUGUGUUAUCUGUGAACAAGUUGGAGCUCUUGCUUAUUAAAAUUAUAACUAUUUUGUUGCAGCUAAAGUUUAUUAUUCAAGCAGCACUCCCCUAUAAAUUUCUAAUUUCGGUGCUGUUUCAAUAAUAUUAAAGAACUAAUAAUCUGCUGCUUUAUAUAACCCUUUUUUAGGUGACAUUAUUCAACUUUAAGCAAAUACUGAAUAUUUAGAUUUAAAUGGAUUUCAUUCUAAUCAGUUUGGUAUUGGAUAUACUUAAAUUGUUUCAGUACCUGAUAAUUAAUCACUUUCUGGAACAGCUGAUGGAAUAGGAUAAUUCCUAUCUUCAAGUAAAAAAAAUACUGUUGGUAUAAUCCCAUAGUCUAAUCAAAGUUAAUAACUACUGUUUUUAUUACAAGUACCUUAAAAUAGUUAUGUUGGUUUAACACAAAAUCCAGGAAAUAGUGUCUACAAUUUUAGAAUGUCAGUAAUGUUUAAUCCAAAUGUUUUAUCUUAUUAGCAAGGAUUCGAUUAAUUUGGAAUCGAUUUUGCAGCAUUUUAAUUAGGAUCUGGCUCUGUCCCAAAUUAAUGGAAUGUUAACUAAGUAACAUGUUAUGCAGCAAAUGCUUGUACUUGGUACAAUUAAAAUGGGUAAAAUAAACCAAACAAUAACUUACAAUAUAGUCCUUCUACCACAUCAGCAGUAUAUAAUAUAUAAAGAUUUGAUUGCAUAUCAAGUAAUUUUGGUGAUUGUAACAACUGGUAGGGAUAUAAAACAACAGCUUCAGGAUUUUCAGGAGUUUUUUCAAUGAGAAGAGUUCAGUUCAAGUCUGGAUUUUAAUCUUAAAUAUAGCCAGAUGACCAGUUACUUGAUUUUGUAAUUGCAUUCUAAAGAGGUUUAAUCACUGGAAGCAACCAAGUUUAAUAUUCACUUGUUUCUGCAUAAUUGAUCAAUGCAUAUACCAUCUCAUAUAACUAAUUGCAAAAUGCUAAGAUCAGCUUUGUUAACUUUAGUGAUAAAACCCUCAAUCCUGGUCAUAAAAUACCUACUUUUUUAAGGAUUGGAGGUAGUAUAAUGCCUUCUGAAAACUUGUAAGCUACAGCAAUAGCAAUUUUCUUUGACUAAUCAAUUGAAGUUAAUUGGUUUUAUGACGAGUAAGGUACAUUAGGUAGAUAAACUAACAAAGAAAUAGGAUGUUCAGCAGGUACCUGUUAUUUAUAUGAUACCAAAGUAGUUAACGGUUAUGAAACAUGGAUGAACAACAUGAUGGUUUUAGCUACUGAUCUCAUGAACAUUGAAAAUGAAUUCAAUUUGCUUAUUCCAGUUUAAAAUGUUAUGGGUGGAUCUUCAGUGUCUUUCCCAACCAGGUUAAAUAUUGCUUUUUGUAACUUUAACAGAACUUCAUUAGGGGUGAGAAAUUAACUAAAUGUAUUAUCAGUAUACAGAGUUUAUGGAGCAACUGUAAAUGGAAUAAUUACUCAAGCUAUUACUCCUAUAAACGGACUGAACCAAAAUUUAUUCCCUAACACUUUGAGCUUUAGCUCUUUAACAUGGUAAGCUGAUACAGGUUAUUUGGCUAAAUAUACUCUUUAAACUUUAAAUAUUUAACCCAUUGGAAGUACUAAUACUCUUUUUGCAGCAGAUACUUCAACAACUUUUCCAACAGGCACAUUUAAUCCUACAUACAAAGGUGCUGGAGUUACAUUAUGUAGUCUGUACUUUAAUGUUUUCGGUCCUAGUUAGCUUUAAUUUGCUUCACCCCCUUAUGGUGUUGUUGGUAGCUGUACAAAUUUUAGUUAUACAUUUAAUGAUAAUUCAAAUGGAGGUCUUUAUGCUGAUUUUGAUGGAAAAACAAUUUAUUGCUCAUUUUGUCCUAUCGAUUAGCCAUAUCCUAAUCUCAAUACAGCGUAAGGAAAUAUUGUAUGGAAUAAUCCGUAUUUCAAUUAAUAUUUUACUGCAAACUUGAAUAUAUAAAGUAUUUUUACUUAUGCCUUUUCAUCUAGUGUUGGUAAAAUAUUUUCUAUGUAUUCUGAUAGCCAGUAAGUAAGCUCUUUGAAUUAUAAUACUUGCAUAAUUAACAACAUCAUGAAUCCAAUUUAUCCUAACUCUUUAGGAAAGUAAGUAGUAUAGUUAUCGUAUCAAAUAAAAGCAUAGCUUCAGCUUGAUAGUUAGGCAUUAAUAGGCUUUGGCUUUGUAUAGAUAGUUUUUACUUUUAGUUAAUCAAUAUCAUAAAUCUCUUUUAUUGCAAAUACUUGCACAUUAUUAACUCAAUCUUCAACAUAGCUAACUUGCUCCUUUUCAACAACUCCAAAUGCUAUAACCUUUGUUAUUUAGCCUUUAUCUACUUAUUUGUUUUAAGUUUUAGAGACUGUUACUUUCUAAAUUUAUGCUAAAACAAAUGGAUUAACUACUGGUAUACCAAACUUAACUUAUUAAAUUUCUGUAAAUUUACCUACCUUAAAAGGGGGAAAUGUUAGAAUAUUUGGUCUUGAUACUAACGCAGCUUCAAACACAUAUGUUUUAUUUGCUUAGUGCACAGGAGGAAGCUUUUCCUUUUCAACAAUGUCUUACAGUAAUUAUAUGAGUGUUGGAAGUUUAUAAUUUGAUAUAUUUAAUGUUGGAGCUAGAUCUCCUUUUAACUUUACUUUUAUUCCUCAACAAAGAGAGAGAUUCUAUUCUUCAUCUUAUUUUUCAAUUGAUUUUGGUUUCUUAAGAGCAGGAAAUGCUAAUUUGGUUGGUGAUAAUAAAUUUAGGUGUGUUGUAUAUGAAGCACCUAGCACAUUAACUUAAACAGGUACUAGCACUUAUGGAAGUUAUUCUAUUAGUUGGAGAUGGUAGCAUAUUGAGUAUAAUGCAGCUCUAAAAGAUGUAAGAAUAUAUCCUAAGGCAGAUAUUAUGCAGCCAAGUAAUUAUAACUUCUUACUUUAAUGUUAUGGAGGUAUAGUGCCAGCUCCAGGUGCAGUUGAAGCAUCAGAAGUUUUAUAGGCUUCUUGGAUCGAUGGUACUGAAACUCUUUAAAAAACAGCUUCCCCAUAUCCAUACCCUUCAUAAAAUGUUAUAAGUACUACAAAUAUUUAGAGUUCAAUAGUACAAUUGUAAAGAAAAUACUGGGUGAGCAAUGGCAACGAAGCAAUAUACUCCUUUUAGCUAUAGACUAACAAUUUUAACCUUGAUUACUUCUCUCGUAUUUAUAUAGAAUUUCCUUACUUCAUUCCACCAGGAAUAAAUAGGGAAAAUAAUCCUGAAUGUUAUAUUAGACUAAAUUCUGUGGCAUCAAAUUCAUUUCCUGCAUUUUCAGAUUAUUCUUUGGCAUACUGUGAAGUAACAGGAGAGAGGAGAAUCUCAGUCUGGUCAAAUAAAUAAAUUACACUUGGAACAGUAUUUUAUUUAGAUAUAUACGGAGUUUUGUAACCAACUUUUUAUCGUUUUAACACAAUUAAUCCUCAAAUUUGGAUAGGAUUUGACAAUGAUUCAUUAUUUUCUAAUGGAAUAUAAGAAUUUAAUUUCAUAGCUGAUUAAAAAACACCCAGUCCAGCCCUUACCCCAUCUUAUCCUUUACAGCCCUUCACUGUCACAAGUGUAUAAGUAAGCAACACGAUUAUUCGUUCGACUUUUACAUUGACUGUGACAUUCAUUUAAGAUCCCUCUUAACUUCAGCCUGGAUAUUUAUUGUAUCUCUUGCUGACUUAAAGUUUAUCAGACAUGAAUAAAUUAGGUUAAAUUAAUGCAUGCACAUUAUUUAAUCAAGGAGAUAUGAAUACAAAUUUAGCUUAAGAAUGCGAUUUUUUGAGUUCAAGAUUAAUUAUCAUCAAAAGAAAUAAUUAAACUCCAAGCUCAGCUUCCACUUCUAAUAGCUUUGUUUUAGCAAUUUAAAACCUCCCAACCCCAAAUUAUGUUCCUCUUUUGGUAAAGAAUAAAAUCCGCUUCUUACUUUACAAUUCAUAUGGAUUAUCUAACUUAUUUGAUCAAUAUGUUGAUUACAUGGGGUUGAACUAUUAAGCUGGAGUUGUCUCUUUUAAUUCAGAUCCAAAUAGACAAAAUCUUGGCUGGUACAUAUACAACAUAGUAAAAAGUAUCGAUCCAGCUAAUUCAAACAAUAACAUAGUGGCUUAAAAUUUAGAAUCGAAUGGAGUUGUUUAUGUUUACAUCGGAUAUUACAAAAAGCUAAUUUAAUUACAGCCAGAUUAAAAUGUAUUUUAGCUUAACAUGAAUAUAACGUUAUUAGGAAAUCUUUCAAAGUUUUCUUUUAAACCUAAUACAUUUAAUGUUUUUAGUGGUAAUAACAUGAUGCAGUUUAGUAUGGCUGCACUUUAAACAACCCCAACAGGUAUUGAAAUUUUAAACGCAAAUAAAAUUGGUGAUCCUCAAAACAUUUACACUCCUAUACCUGCACUUAAAGUAAUAAUAAGUGGCUAGUUAUGCCAAAUAAAUUCAAGAUUUUCGACUUAUAACAUACCCAUAGGAGGAUUCUCACUUCCAAUAGAGCUUGAUUUCUUUAAUUGUAUGCCUGUUAAUGACAUUACAUAUACUCCAAUUUUUAAUAACUUGAGUUCUAAUAAUCUUAAUAUUGCCAGUUAAUAUUUAGUGAAUACUAUUAAUGGUGCCAAAUUAGAUCCUAGAAUGUUUUUCGUUAUUUAGGAGAUAUCAAAGGACAGAAGCAAGAUUGGUAAUGCUAUUACCUUAGAUUUUAAAAUUGGAGGAACAAAUGGUCAAUCUUUUUAAGCACCUGCUGAUAUUACACUAGUUUUAGUUGAUCCUAAUUAAAGUUCUUAUAGCCUAUCUCCUGUAGCUUCUUAGAUAUCUAGUGUAUAAAUUGGAUAAAAUAAUGUAACAUUUAGUAUGUAAUGUAGUUAGCCAUCUAUUAUCUUUUGGGUUGUUGGUUUAAAUCCUUCUUUGUCUAAUAUUGAUGAUAAUGUGAUGAAAAGUUAAGUGACUGGAGCUAAUGGUCUAAUUACUAAUAUUACUGAUCCAAAUGACCCAAACCUUAAAAUGUUUGGUACAGAAAUUGCUUACUCAGCUACACCUUUAACUAAAGUUUUCAAUGGUUUAAGGCCAAAUGGAAAUUAUGACUUUAAAUACUUUUGCUUAAAUUAAAUGAACUAAUAAAGCAUAAUAUAGACUACAAGCUGGAAAAUACCCGAUAACGGAUCAUUUUUGAUGAAACUUACUUUUUCCUUUUCUUAGUAUAUAACUUUUAACUAGUAGAAAAACAUAGCAUGUGCACUGGCAUAAUAUUUCUAAAUACCACAAGCAAGGGUUAUUACAGACUUUUAUACUACCUGUAGCAGUUAUCCUAAUUAUAAAAAUUUAAAUGCUAAUAAUUUUAUAGUUAGGUCAAAAUAAAAUGGAAAAUAUUUGUAUAGUUUUUACAUAUAGCCUAACUAUUUAGCAACUACGGAUUUGACAAACUUGGUAGUGAGAGAAUAAGUAAAUGCAAAUAAUUUCAUUAUGUCCUUCCUUAAUACAGUAUCAAACUCAUCUAGCUUACCAAGUCUAUCUGAUGUAUCAACAUAAGAUGUAGUUUCAGUAAAUACUCCUGAGAUAGCAUAAACUGGAUAAAUAUUAACUUAGCAAACAGUUACAUUUGUUUAUUUUACACUACGUGCUGUAGAUGGAUAUAUAAUUGUAGGAUUAGAGUAGGGAUUACAAAAUAAUAUCCCUUCUGCAACUCAAAUUAAGUAAGGCUUAAACUCUUAAAACGCUACACUUUUUACUUUUGAGAUGAGAUAUAGUUAGAGAGAGGUUCAAUAAGAAUUUAAAUUUAUUUAACUUCAACCAGGAACAACAUACACUGCUUAUUUCUAUGGAUCUAAUGAUGAUCCAAGUCCAAACGCAGUCACUACUUAGCCUAUUGUUCUAAAUUUUAAGACUCUUGGUGAUUCUUAUAGUGUAGUAACUGUUAGUUCUAAAAUACUGUGUUUCACAUAUAUUUUGAUAUCAUUACUAUUACUGAUAAUUAUUUGA